AUGGCCUCCGCAACGCCUACGCAGCAGGAGCACGCACAGGCAAGGCUGUCCUUUGCAAAGGUCGCCGCCUCGGCUCUGAAGCCACCCACUCCCACCCAGAACGCCAGCGCAAAGGCAGCCCCGCCUGUUGCGACGCCCCGAAUCCUGAGCCAGCCACAGAUUGCGCGCUCCGUACCCGCCACCACCGACGGACCGCAAGGAGCCGAGAAGAGAGACGCGCAUCCAAACGGAACCGCUGGAACCAGCGUCGACCGAACCGGGCAAUGGACCGACGCCGCGCAACAGUCGGCUGCACCGUCUUCAGACGUGAAGCAAGAGCUGCCUGAGCGCCCACGAUCCAUUGCCCUGGUCAAGAUCUCGGCGGCUGAAGACAGCAGCACCCAGCUGUCCUCGUCGGACGGAUCGGGCAAGCCGCCCAGCAUCGACGGGAAGAGCGUCGCCUCGGCCACCACUUUUGCACUCGACGAGAAAGAGUCGCUGCGGCCUGACGACAGCGCCAGUCUGAGGGCUGUCGAGGAGGAAGACGUCACCUCUCCUCCAGACUCACUCGUCGCCGACUCGCGCCAGGGCUCUGACAACGGCGCCGCCCGUGCCUUUCGCGACCAGCUGCACGAAAUUGCAGUCAUGAACCCUCACUCCCACCGCGGCGUCCCACCAGGCCGCUUCCCAACCAUUCCCACCGGCCCACACGUGCUCUUCGACCCCAAUCACUCUCUAAACGGCGGCCGACCCAUGUCACAGCCUGUGGGAACAGGCCUGCCUUCGAUCGAUGGCGUGCCCAACCUGCCGUCUGCUCCAGACGAGAAGCUUAUUGAAGCCCUGCAGUCCCCGCGCGACCGACUGUUCGUUGUGAAGAUGGAGCAGGAUUUUAUUGAUUUCAUCAAAGAUUCUCGCGACAGCGAGUACUCUCUGCCCAACUGCAACACCUUCUACAGAAUGCUUGCUCACCGUCUUGCCGACUACUAUCUGCUCGGCCAUGUCGUCGACUCCACCAUGACUGGUGUCAAGAUCACGCGCACUCCCUACUGCAGAAUACCACCCCCGCUGUCGCAAAUGGUGGAUGCCACCAAAGGCGCUGACACACCGCCUGUCGAGCUGCCCGCCCGCAAGAUCAUGCGUCGCGAAGACGCCAAGUCAGCCACCAACACUGGCUUCAACUCGCAGGACCCAUCCAAGACGACAUCCGAAAUCGAUGGGAGCGACGGUAGCAACGAUGGCAAAGACAAGGCCGCAUUGACACGUGAAGAGCGUGAAGCACGCUACCGAGAGGCCCGCCAGCGCAUCUUUGGUGCGGAGAGUGAGGACUCCCCUGCAGCAGAGACCACUGAGGCGGAAGACAAGGACAAGGACAUAUCACGAUCGAGUUCGGCAUCUGGCAAGAAGAAGAGCAAGAAGCCGCGCAAUUAUGACGACGACGACUUCCAGGCCAGGUCUCGUUUCAACGUCUACUACCCUCAGCAGUACGCAGUGUCAGGGUUUACGGCUGAAAACGCAGUCUACUACGAUGGCUACCCAGGCCCCACGCCAAAUGCACAGUACGCAGGCUUGAGCUCCGGAGCUUCGCCCCCCACCACCCACAGCAACCCCUACCCAGCCAUGGCGUCUCCAGAUGCACAGUCCCAGUACGCUUGGAGCGGGCAGCAGUUCCCACCGCAUAGUGGACCUGCCAUGUACCAGCCGUAUGCGCAGAUACAGCCUGGCUAUGACCUGUCCGCCGACUUCCAAAGAGGCAUGUCAUUCCAGAGUCCCGUGAUGCCUUCGCAGGUGACGCCCAAGAUGGCUAACACGCCCAUGGCACAUUAUCAGGAGCCCUUCCAACAGCCGCAGCACAUGCCCUCGAGUCAGGGUUGGCCACAGAUGAAUCAACAACCUGCCUAUCCGAUGGGUCAAGUGCCACCGUUCACACCAUCCAACCGGCCCAUGUCCGCGCCCCAGCCCCAACCUUAUGCGUAUGGACAAUUCCCACCGAAUCCUUACAGCGGCCAACCGAACCGCAAUCAACACCCCAUACCCGGCAGCUACAACCGCCCGCAGUUCAAUCCACAGAGCCAGGCUUUCAUCCCGGGCGGCCGCAACGUGCCUUUCCAGAUGCAACCGAACAUGGGCCAGGGCCCGCCUCAGAUAAACGGCUAUGGCGGCUUCCAGAUGCAGGGCCAGCCGCCGAUGGCAGGCCAGAUGCAGCGCGUGAGUCCCCCAGCUGGCAGCACGCCGUCCUUCGGCUCUCCGCAAAGCCUGCACGCCAACGGCUCGGCCGGGAUGCACAGAAUCGCAUCCCAAAGCGGCGAGCAGCCCUCAUCCCGCGUUCCCUCUGGCGCCAGCAGCAUCGCAAAGUACGGCACGCCCGCGCACCUGCCCGCCAAACCACCCGCGCCGCACCAGCCGCCUGCGCCCAAAUUCGACCUCUCCGCUUUGAAUGCAAGCCGUCAACACGCCUAG